GUUUGCCAUUCCGCAUUCGUCUUUAGAACAUACUCCUCGUUAUCGGUUCUGGACCUUGUUCUAUUUUUUAGUUCAUAACACUUGUUUUAAAGUAAUUGGCUAUACAUUGCAAGAAGAAAAAUUCAACGUGGGAAAAUGAUAAACGACGCAGAAAAACAGCAAGGCCGAAUCGUUUGGGCAAAAAUAUCCAAAAAAUCCAAAUUGUGGGCCGCAAUGAUUAUUUCUACAAAGAAAAUGAAUUUAGUAUAUUUUGAAGAUCAGCCUGGAAAAACAUGUGUUUGGUGGUUGGUUAAUGACACUAUGUCACAGCUGAAAAAUAAUUUGAUAUUUGAUUUUAAAUCUAAAAUAAAAGAUGGUAUGACUAAUUUAUGUGGUCAACGCAAAGAAGGUGUUAAACAAGCGAUUAAAAUAUUAUCCUUACAAUUUAACUUUGUAAUCCCUAAACAUUAUGAUGGAAAUGUUAACCAGAUAAAUUGGGCAUUAGUGAAUUUGCCUAUUAUUAUGAAAGAAAAUUGUCGUCUAGAUGAAGAAUUGAUUAUUCCAGAUAAUUUCCUAAACAAAAUCAUAAUGACAAAUAAUAAUAUUAAAAAAAAAAUUGAAGACAAUAAAGAAAAAGAUGUUGAAAGCCCACGUGGAGAAAAAAGAAAAAUUGAUGUUUCUGAAAUUUCAAAAAUGAAAAACCAAUAUUGCCUGGCGUGUCGAAUAGCUAUAGAUGAACUAGAGAUUAAACAUCCCAUAUUUAAUGGUUUUUUGUGUGAUGAUUGUUUUAUAAAAGGAAAACACAUUAUUCUAUCAAUAGCAAAAGACAAUGCAAAUGAUGGCUGUUGUGUUUGUCUUACUCAAAAAGAUACAUUAGUAUUGUGCAGUUUUUGUAUAAGAGCUUACUGCAAUGAAUGUUUAGAAUUUUAUUGUGAACAGAAAGCUGUGGAAAAAAUUCUUGAGGAUAAAACAUGGAAAUGUUUUGCAUGUUCAAAUACCACCACUUUUAAGACCAGUAAACUAGUUCCAAGGAAAACAGUCGAUCAAUUAAGAAACAUUUAUAACUUGUAUCCAGCGAGCACUGAAAAGAACUGUACCAAUGAACAAAUUAAAGAGAUACAUGUCUUAAAUUUAAAAGAUAUUCAAAACAAUGUACCAAAAGCUUUAAAAAACCUAGAAUUUCCCUUUAAAAUUCUCGAAAUCAGUUAUUUAAAUGGUGAUAUUCAAGACAAUAAUGAGAGUAAUGCCAAAUUAAUCAUUCAAUAUUAUCCUAACAAGGAGAAUUAUGAUGAAGAUAAAUUUUUUGAUCUGAAUGAUUGCAUGAAAAAAUUUUUCUCCUUUUUGCAAAUUAAAAAUAAAAUGGAAGCAUUGCAUGAUGAUAAAACUAUUUUCUGGGCUUUUGAAACAAGUGCUGCUAUCAAAGUUUCUGAACAAAAAACAAUUUCAAGGUUUGUUAACUCUCAACCUAUUAUCAUUGGAAUGAACACAAACGAUGUCCGUCAAAGAAGUAGGUUUAUUUGGACCAACAUUACUAUACUUAAAGAUAACAUCAAACAAUUUACUAAUCAAAACAUUUAUCUUCAUAAAAUACCUAAAUAUGUUGGUAGAAAAGUAAAAUAUGAUGAAGAUCACAAAGAUAUGCCUUGGUGUUACACUUCUGUGUAUAUCAUUCUAAGCAGUUUCAUAAAAAAUAACAUAGGUAGUAGCAAGUAAAUGCAAUAUGUUUUAUUACUAAUGAUAUUGACCUGAGUUUUGUUUAUCCAACAUAUUUAAUUUUUUCGUUUUGGUUUUUUUUUUUUUAUUUUAUAUAUAUACA